AUGUUAACGAAAGAGUCCAAGCCAAACCUGAGCCAUUCUCAGGUGACCGAAAUCACUGCACAUCUUUUUGGUUUAACUGUAUCCACCAUACACCCUCUGCCCAGUUAUGAUGAUCAGAACUUCCACUUGGUGUGUGUGGACACUGGAGAGUUUGUGUUGAAGGUCAUGAAUACUUUCGACAGUGUGAAUGUGAAGCUGCUUGAGGUGCAGACACACAGCAUGAAUUUCCUGAAGCAGAAUGGACUUCCAGCUCAGACAGCUCUACGCACCGUCAGAGGGGAGCUCAUGGCUCUAGAGGAGAUUGAUUGUGGAUAUGGCCUGCAGAAAUAUCUGGUGCGUUUGUUGACAUACCUGCCUGGAACCCCAUUGGCUAAAAUCACCUGCACACCACAGCUACUAUAUAAAAUGGGGAAAAUGGCUGCCACGCUGGACCAGAUUUUAUUCCAGAUGGAGCAUGAGAACCUUGAUGUUCUUCAGAGGGAGAAUUUCAUCUGGAAUUUGUCCCAUGUUCCUCUGAUAAACAAUCAUCUCAAUGUGUUGGAUGGAGAUCCGUUGCAGCGCAUCAUUAGAGGAGUCCUUGAUCAGUACCAAAAUCAAGUGGUACCAAAACUCCCCUCCUUCCGCAAGUGUAUAAAUCAUGGAGAUCUGAAUGAUUACAACAUCCUCGUGGAGCCAGAUGGACCAUCUGGUUAUACGAUCAGUGGGAUUCUGGACUUCUGCGAUAUGAGCAGCGGUUAUUUCGUGUUCGAGCUGGCGAUCAUGAUCAUGUACAUGAUGAUCGAGAGCAAAAAUCCACUAGGGGUCGGGGCUCCAGUGAUCGCAGGGUUUGAAAGUGUCUUUCCUCUGAACACUGAUGAAAGAGAUGCUUUGUAUACCCUAGUGCUGAGUCGAUUCUCGCAGUCACUGGUUUACGCACGUGCUAUGGUUCUCCAGCAGCCAGAAAACAAAGAGUACCUGAUGAUCACAGCAAAAACAGGAGUUAGAAUCCUCCAACUUCUGUGGGAAAAAGGGAAAGAGGAAGUGGAGAAAAUGUGGUUUGAAGGUCCUGAAAAUAUCUCAGUGCUGUCUGUUAAUGGAAACCCUAAACACUAA